AUGCGCAUACUAACAAACAAUCCCCAGGGAAAGCGCAAGUCAUCCAGCAAGCCUCAGGGUCCCAAGAGGAAGGAGAAGCUCCCCACAACCUUCCAAUGCCUCUUCUGCAACCACGAAAAGUCCGUCUCCGUCUCCAUCGAGAAGAAAUCCGGCGUCGGCAACCUCCAAUGCAAAGUCUGCGGCCAGACCUUUCAGACAAACAUCAACUACCUCUCCGCGCCUGUCGACGUCUACGCUGACUGGAUCGACGCGUGCGAUGCCGUUGCUAAGGAGGCUGCGGCGGGCAAGACGGCGACGACGCGUGCGACUGGCCGCAUGGGCCGUGUAGAGACGGCGAGGGAGGAGGACGAGGAUGAUGUGCCGGAUGCAGAUGAUUUGAGGUUUGUCGAGCAGGAUGAUUUGGAUGCGGAGGGCGAGUAUGCGGAGUAG